AUGGCACCAGGCGCUGUAACAGACACUCCUCCAGAGAGUCUCCCCUCUGGAAAGCCGACAGUCUAUGUCCUCGAUUCAUUUCACCCUCAAGUCAUGGCUUACUGCCAAGAAAACUUCAACGUCAUUACACCAGAUAACCCCAAGCACGGCCAAUGGAAGCAAGAAGCACGCUAUCUCCUCAUGAGAUCCUCACGCUUGACUGCAGAGGAUAUCAAGUCGUGCCCUAGCCUGAUCGCCAUCGGCAAGCAAGGUGUUGGUGUUGACAAGAUUGACACUGAUGCCUGUGCUGCUCGUGGGAUCAAGGUCUUCAACACUCCUGGUGUUAAUGCACGUGCAGUCGCUGAGCUUGUUCUGACUCUGGCUACUGCAUCUGCUCGUCAGGUUGGCACUAUUAUUGCUAAGCAAUCUUCGGGUAUCCUUGUACCCAAGGAAAAGUGCUCUGGUUUGAUUCUGCAUCGCAAGACGAUUGGUAUUCUCGGAAUGGGAAACAUUGGCAAAUGCGUCGCCAGUAUCUUCAGAGGCGCUUUUGAGGCCGAUGUCAUUGCCUAUGAUCCGUUCCUCCCUGCUGACGCGUGGGCCGAUAUUCCUCAUCAACGCGCCUCGUCUGUUGAAGAGGUUCUGGAGUCUUCAGACGUCAUUACCGUUCAUAUGCCUCUUACUCCACAAACAAGAGAUCUCAUCGGUUAUGCUGAGAUGAAGAGAAUGAAGCGAACAGCCAUUGUCAUCAACACCGCACGAGGCGGUAUUGUCAAUGAGGCUGAUCUGAAGCGAGCUCUAUCUGAAGGUCUCAUUUGGGGUGCCGGUCUUGACUGUCACGAAGAGGAACCUCCUAGCUAUGAGAAGUAUCAUUCGCUAUGGGAGGUUGGAGCUGUUAGUACACCUCAUAUUGGAGCUGCGACGGCAGAAACUCAGAUGCAGACGGGCAUGGCGGCCGCGAGAUAUUUGUUAGAGUUUGCUCUCAACAACCCAUGA